UAGCAACGUAAAUUUAAUUUAUUUUUAUAACAGGUUCACUUUAUUCAGGAUUUCUUAGUCUUACUACUUUCUUGUCUUCCAAAGUAUAUUCAUCUAUCCUUAGAUGAGAGAACUAAGUCUGUCUUCCACCCAUUCUCUAUACUUUCAGUGAACUCCUUGUUUCGCCCCAAAUCGUUCGUUUAUCGUUAUAUUAAAAAAUUUAAUUAAAAUAAAGGACGCUGUUCUUUUCAUUUCAUGAAAGUAAGCACAUAGACAGUUUACAAUGCUGCAAUCCUUGAGUAAAUAGAGAUGUCGAACUCGUCAAAGGGAUAUCCUCCCCAUAUGUCGUUACCGUCUUUACCUUCGACUCCUACACCCUCUUCGAGAAGGACGAUUGGUCCUAGAGCCCCAACAUCUACUCCAAUUCCUCCGGCCCAUAAUUUACCUUCUCCAAGCGUGUCAACUCCACGGCUCCUAAAUUCUGCAUCCCGCCCGAAUUCAUCUGCCUCGUCCCAUGAGUUGCCAAUAAAAGAAGAAGGGAACCUUCCUAACUUAAAUCAUUUACCCCAUUUACACUCUCCCUUUUCUAUUCUUCAAGAUGAGUCGUUAAUUUCCUCUUCGACAUCUGAUAAACAAGUUAAUAAAUUGGAUGAAAAACCUGUCUUCUCUGACCUUCCUGAUGUACAGACUUCUCCUCUUCUUUUUAAAACACCGGUUGACUCUGCCCGUCUCCCCUCUAUCCCCGACCGGAAAGCUCCACUUCCUGUGGAUGCUUCAUCUCCAUCUUUGAAUAUCCCGGUAUCCACAAAAAGCUUACGUGGUCCUCGCCAACCUAUUAAUUCCAAAGAUCUUCCAACACCUCAACAACUUCCUCCUAUUCAACAUUCCUACGAAUCUUUACCUACUCCUCCAACGCAUGUCGACUCAGCAAAACCCAAAAGAAGGAAGAAUUACUCACUACCUCCUGUUGUUGAAGUGCCUGAAAUAACAAAUGAACUUUCCCCUAAGUAUUCUAACGAUACUAGUGGGCAAGUAUAUCGUUUGCGUAGUGCUCGGUCAGGUAGCCCAAAUUCAACGACCUCGAUUCAAUUUGAAAUACCUAGUACUCGUCCUCCGUCUUUAGAACAACUCUUGCACUUAUUCAAUGAUUUUUUAAGGCACCCUAUGUUCGAUUUCGAUGAUCAUGCCAUUACAUUACUACAGACCUGUACUCCAGAUGAGAAGUGGAAUUUUAUAAGAGCAAGCUUCUCUGGAUUUGAUGACCCCGCUUUUCAAAUCCCCGAACUAGCUGCUGUACAUCGUCCUGUUUCAUGGUUUGUUCUUCAAUUAUGGAAUAAAACAAUAAGUAAUCUACAAUUAAUUACGCUUUCUUCUUUGUUGAUAACUCAGUCAAAUAGGUGGGUGUCUUCAUUUCUGGAACUACAGGGUCUUCGUGCUAUUCAUAAUCUUCUUACAUACUUUAAUUCAUCCACUGUCGUACAAUCCCAACAGUCUGAGUUGCUGCGUUGUGUAUUUCAGUUGAUGAAGAAACGAGCUACUCUCGCAACCUCAGAUUCCUACAUCUUUUCUUCUGUUACUCAGGCCUUGGGUUCGACGAACUUACUUCCUAGAAAAGUUACGGCUGACAUUUUAUCGUGGGCUUGUGAUUUAAAGGAGACGUCUGUAAUUACUACGAUUGAAAAUGCACUGAAAAGCUUAAAUCCUCCUGGUUUAGGAAGUCCUCCUUUGUGCUACGGCUUUAUAACAACUUUCAAGAAUACCAUCAUCGAAAAGGAAAUUUCUCGUACACCUCCCUCAUCUCCUUCUAAAUUAGCGACGUUGAGCUCUCCUUCGAAUAUAGCAUUCUUAGAGUACUGUACAUCGACGAUGGAUUUUAUCAAUCAUUAUGUUUCUGUUUAUGAAGAUUUGUCUUCCGACUUUAAUGUCCUUGAAUGCCUUCAAGACUCAGGCAUUCAUGAAGUAAUUCAGCACUUGCGGAAUUUCCCCGACAAACAACUCGAGCGUCAACUUAACAUAUAUGAAACUGAGGAGGAAAGGAGAACUGAGUUACUAACCCCAUUAGAAGAUGGCGAUUCUUUUAUAUCGCAUGAAUCCUCAAUCCUUAGUAACUUGAACGAAGUAGCUAGUAAUGAACUCGGCACAUUAUUGGAAUCAACUAUUCAAUCUGUUCUACUCACAAAAGCUAACGAAAAAGAGAAGCUAAAGCUUGUAAAGGUUUUUAACUCACUCUUGCAGAAAUUUUUACUGAACUCUAAAAUAUCUGAAAACACUUUUGAAGAAAGUUUGCAGGUAGCAAUAAGUUCUCUUACGAACAGGCUAUAUUCUGAUGAAACGGCUCGAAAUGCUCUUCAGGAGGCGAAAGCUUCUCGUUCCAUGGCAGAGAAAAUGGUGAUUGAGAGAGAUGCGAUGGCAGCACAGGUUAAUUUGGGUGCCGAAGAUUUGAUAGAGAAACUGAAAAGUGAGCUGAAUGAUCAAAAUGAUGUUAUUCUAUCCCAAAAAAGGACGAACGAAACUUUGAGAAAAGAAGUUGAGGAUAUGCAGAAGUCUCAUCUUGCCCAAAUUCAACGAAGUGAGCUAGAGCUUCGAGAGCUUUACCUCUUAAUAAAUCAUGAAUCAAACAAUAUUCGUUCUGGUUUAGGAAGAAACAAAAUCGUUGAAUACCUUGAUGAUAAAUUAGAACUUCGAAAGAAAGAAAUCACAGCGGAAUCUGUUUUUUGGUCCUCGGAUGGUAUUAGUGAGAAGCUGAAAAAUUUGCGUGAGAAAAUGAAUAAUUUGAGUGCUGAAAAUCAGUCUACUGGUUCUUCAAUAUUGCAAAUUCCUGACAAAGAUUUCGUUCGCCCUUUUCCUCGUGCUAAAGUACCACGCAUUAAGUCAAUGACUAAUAGGCGCUCGGCAUCUGAGAGCUUUUCUCGCUUCCUUGUCCAUGAAAAUAAUGAAAAUAUACAAACGGAAGAAUCAAAAAUUCCGUUAUUAGAUGCCGUUGAGACGAAACAUGAGAACUCUAAAGAACUUUCCACUACAAAGCCUGAAACGUCUCUAGAUAGUGAUUCAACUCUACUUGAUUCCUAUAAUGAACAUGCAGAAGCUAAAAAGCAAAAAGAAUUUACUGAAGAGAUUAGGUCACCAAAAUCUCCAAAGAGGAAACCUGUUUUGCCUGCACCACCACCUCCACCGCCUUUGCCUGUGAAAACAUCCACGGAUACAUUUUUAUCACCUUUACCAUUGUCUACAGCGGAAACAAAUCAAAAGACGGUACCUCCUGCUCCUGGAUUACCUCCCCCGCCUCCUCCACCGCCUCCAAUGUUAAGCUGUUCAGGUGCUAAAUUUUUUAACACGCAGGAACACAAUGAAGUUUCUGGUUUUAAUGAACCUAAUAACAUGGAACGACCCAAACGUCGUUUGAAACAGAUGCAUUGGGAAAGACUGGAUUCGGGUUUGGAGUACACUUUUUGGUCAGUCACUUCUCAACAAUCUAGUUCCCUAUUCGAAAAGCUCAAGGAUUCCGGUACCUUUGAGCAAAUCGAAGAAAACUUUGCAAUGAAAGAGGCAAAGCCUUUACAGAAGAAAGGGGCACAAAGAACGGAAUAUAUGUCUAGCGACCUUCAAAAGCUUUUUGGAAUUCAUUUUCAUAAAUUAGCACAUAAAAAUCCGGAUGAAAUUAUUCGAAUGGUGUUACACUGUGAUGAAAGCAUUAGUGAAGCUACCGAAUUUUUGGGUAGCGAAAAAAUUCUGAACCAGGUUAAGCUGAAGGCUGAUCUUGAACCAUACCGUAUCGAUUGGACAAAUGGAGGUGAAUCAGUAAAUGCUGAAAAAGAUCCGUCUGAGUUAAGCCGUUGGGAUUAUUUGUAUUUGCGCCUCAUUGUAGACCUUCAAAAUUACUGGGGACGACGGAUAAAUGCUCUUAAAAUCAAAUAUACCAUUGAUACUAACUAUGAAACGCUUGUUCGUCAAGCAAAAUUGAUAGGAAGAGCUGCAUUAGUUCUUCGUGAUAAUGAGACAUUCAAGGACCUAAUGCACCUUAUCUUAUGUCUUGGUAAUUUCAUGAAUGAUUAUAUUCGUCAAGCACGCGGAUUUUCGCUUAAUUCACUUCAACGGCUUCCGUUGAUAAAAAAUUCGUCGAAUACCCAGAGUUUAUUACAUGUGCUUGAAAUGAUUGUUCGCAAAAAUUUUCCAUCUACAGAAGCAUUCCUCACGCAGCUUUCUGUUGUGAUAGAAGCCUCAAAACUCAACAUUGAAACAAUCGAACAAGAAUGUACGGAACUCAUACGAGGGUGUCAGAAUGUGCGACUUGACUGCGACUCUGGUGUCCUUUCCGACCCUACAUCCUUCCAUCCUGACGACAAAAUCUUAACAGUAAUCAUUCCUUGGCUUAAUGAAGGCGUGAAAAAGAUGGAUUUUCUGAAGGAGCAUUUGAGAACAAUGAACACGACGUUAAAUAAUGCCAUGAGAUAUUUCGGGGAACAACCCAGUGACCCGAAUGCACGUAAUGUCUUUUUCAAAAAAAUCAGCUCUUUUAUUAGUGAAUACAAAAGAGCCAAGGCAGAGAAUCUAAAGACAGAGGAGGAAAUUUCUCAGAAAGAGAAGGUUUAUGUCAAGAAGGGCAAAUCAAAGGUGCUGGAGCUUGCUAUUUCAGAGAAAGAUACUAGUGAGAAUCGUGAAAUGGACAAUUUCUUAAAUAAAUUACGAGAUAUCAAGCUCGAUGGACAUAAUCGGCUUCGUCGUCGUCUACCUACAAAUGAUAAUACGGAAAAUGUCGAAAGCUCUAAUAUGAAAAAUGCCGUUAAAGAUCAGCUUUCUGUUCCCAAAAGAGGUUUACAGAAAGUUGAAUCAAAUUCUGCAUCACCUCGACUUCCGAAAACCUGGGGAAAGACCAUGCAGAAGGAUCGGAGAAUCAAAUCUCAAGGCCAGAAUAAGCAAUCCAAACAUCACUAUAAGAAAAAGAGCUCUAGAAGGAUUGUUUCCGAUACAACUGCUAUAGGUGAACAACACUCAAAUAAAGAGAACCUUAUUCAGGCACAAACUAGAAAGGGAACAACUUCAAAGAAGUCCAUGCCUGCUACAAGAACAGAUAAGAAUAAUGCAAACCGGAGAAGAAAAUCAAGUAAAAAAUUUGUGGACGUUAAUAAGGACAAUGAUGUUCAUACCAAAUCCAGCAAUCCCUUAAUGGAAAAUAAGUGGACAAAAGAAGAUUCCAUCGAAAAACAGAAGACGGCUAAUGAGAAUAAACGUUCUGUAAAGAAUUCUCUCGAAAAUAUGAAAAACAUUGGCCAAUCUCGCUUUAUAAGGAAGUUAUCUGAAAGUUCAGACAAUAGUGAAACAGCCCCUGUCAUCCCAAAGCGCCAGAACAGCUUUACGGAAUAUGGUACAACUUCGUUUAAUACUCCAGAGAAAAGUAGAAGUGGAACACCAGAUAUCAACACCAUGUUGCGGCAAGGCAGUAGUCGUGGAAGUGCUCGUCGCCGAGUAUUAGAUCAAUUGAACACUCCAUUGGCCCAUAAAAGCUCAAAUCAAACGUAUAUAAGCGAGUUAGAGUUGGAGGCGCCUAGCAAGUCUAGUUAUGCGAAGAGAAUAGAGGCAAUAAAGUCAGAACCGGCUCAGAAUCCAAAACGGUUUCAAGAUACGGAAAGUCCAAGGCCUGAACUUUCAUCUAUAUCACCUCUUUCUUCUGUUCCGGUUACCCCUAGACCAAAUAGGUCGAAGCGAGCUCAAGAAAUGUUGGCGGGUCUUUUGUCUGGCAGACUGGCUUCUAAGGAAAAUCUUGAUGUCGUAAAGUAAAACGGCAACAUUUCCUUUGAAAUGACUCACCAAUUAGUAAUGGUGGAUGUAAAUUUUGUAUAAUUUUUUUUUUUUUUUUUGAUAUCUAUUUUUGUUCUUUUAAAGGAUUCCCCUUAAUUUUUUGCAUAUCGGUUAAUAAGCACAAUAUGUGUAUACCUUUUUAUUUCUUUUGGUCUUAUUAUCUGUGUACAUGAGAUCAUGUUAGUAUCUGGAAGUCUGGAAUAAUUAAACGAAGAACACAGGUAAUGAUUAUUGCAGCGUUUUUCUUUGCUUAUCCGUGUCUUUAACAUGGAAUAAAUUUAAUGAAAAGCUACAAGUUUUAGCUCUGGAUAUUUCAGUCAAUUCCUUCAGACAUUCUUUUACUUUGUAUAACUAUUAUUUUUUUGCAUAGAAAGCAUAUGUAUAAAUAAACACUAUUCUUGUUUGAAAGUAAUGCAUAAUCGACUCUCAAAUCGAACUUGUAUUGGCUACUAUUUAUUAAACACC